UUUAAAUUUCUUGAAAUGUUUAAUUUAAUUUUGUAAGAUUAAGAAUUUUCUAAAUCUUCUUUGAAAUGAAGAGGAUUAUUUUAUAAAGCCUUCAAGCCCAAGGAAAAUCUUAUGAAUUCUCUUCUUAAAUCGUGAUGCGUUCAUCAGUAAAACGCAACAAUUUUUUUAUUCAAGAAUUUGCGAAUCUGAUUGAUCUAUUGUUGGAUAUGUUGAGAACGAUUCGUAGCUGACGAUUCGAAACUCGUUUUUCGUAUUUGGGAAAACGUUACUCGAUGAAUCGUAAAAGGAUCAACGUUGCAUUGAUUCCUCAUGGCUUUGAUUGGCCACAAAUCAUAAACCGUUGGAGGAUCAUCGUCUUUCUGUCUCUUAUCACGCUUAUAGCACUGCCCUGCUGUGACAGUCGUGCUAGGAAUACUCCAAGUGCCCAAAGAUUGACUGGGAAUAAACAAAAGUACAAAUUACAUAAAAAUAGACCACUAAUUAAUUAUGUAGAAGAGGAGUGGGAAAAAGGAAAUCUUCAGAUAGAAGAAAGUGACAAAUCUUGGAAUUCAGUAUCUAUCCAACAGCUGAAGGAAGAUAUUUACAUGAAUGAACCUAUUUCUGUUAACGUUACACACAAUGAUACAAAAGAAUUAUUGAUACACAGCGAACAGAAUUUAUCACAUAAGAGGUUUAAACGCGGUGUGAUACAUCUUUAUAACAUGAUAGUUUGUGCCACUGGAUGUAAUCCUUUAUCUUAUAAAGGAUAUGGAUGUUAUUGUGGUUUCUUGGGGUCGGGAUAUGUAAUAGAUGGAAUAGAUAGGUGUUGUAAAAUGCACGACUGGUGCUACGAUGCUACAGACUGUCCAAUGUUCUCAGAAUACUUUGUACCAUAUUAUUGGAGAUGCUACCAUGGUUAUAAACCCAUAUGCGCUGUUGAACACGGAAACUGGGGAGGAUCUGGAUCGUGUGCUCAACGAUUAUGCGAAUGUGAUCGUUCGUUUGCUGAAUGUUUAAGACAUUACCCUUGCCCGACGACCAAAGCUAUGUGCACAUCGUCGCCUUGGAGAUUGGUACAAAACCUUUUCAUGGUCAUGUAAUUAUCUACAUACAAGGUAUGAUCAAAAAAUGGGAAAUUAAUUUACAAUUUGGUAAUAUUACGUUUAUAUGCCAAAGAUAGCAAGGAUGUACAUUAAUAUAUAUCGUAACAUCUGUUGCAACAAAAGGUACAAAUUGUAAUUAAAAUAACAUGUCAUUUAUCUUUAUUGCGUUACAAGAGAAGUAUAUAUUGCAAUAUAAAAAGAUGUGUAAUAAAUAUUUUACACAAUACGUAAUACCGUUUACUCCCUUGUUUUGUAAUAAAAUCUUAUUUACAUUGAA